CAUCAGUAAAAGUCCGCUCAUUGCUGCACAGAGUGGGUUGCACACUGUCAGCGAUUGAUACCGUACACACACGGCUGCGUGGGAUCGGUUUUUGAUAGCUCUAACGCUGGACGAGAGCGCUGCAGCAAAUCCGGAGCGCAAGGCACGAUUUCCAGCGCCAAGCGCGCGCGACGAGACGUACUACACAGCGUCGCUCCCCGUGCCAGACCGCGGAGCUGAAUAAUGGCGACCAGCAUGCAAGACGUAAGCGCCACGGCGGUGGCGGAGGCCUCGGACGGCCUGCAGCCCUGGGCUGGCGUGAACGGCGGCCGUGGCAGAGUCAUAGAUGAGUGGAAUCACCGCUCGCGACCCGAGGGCAUCGAUCCGUGCCGGGGCACCUACGGCACCGAGGGCUUGCGGGCGCUGGUGCUGCUCACGCAGAGCUUAGGAAGCGAGGAGCGCGUCGCGGGCGUGGCUACUGUCGUGUCGCAGCUCGUCUACGGCCCGGUCACGUGGUGGAAAUCCUACGAUCUAGAAGCGCUCCGCCGCGAAAUUUACCGGUGGUUGUCGCUCGGCAACGACCAAGCCACGACGUUGAUCGACGAGAUCCUGCGCCAGCACCGCGUGUGGGUGAUGGGCGGCGAGGAGGGCCCCUUCGCAAAACUGGGCGAGGUCUUGCACCACCUCAAGUUCUUCCGCUACGAGAAGCGCGGCGAGGAGACGCACCACAUCGUCGACGGCGAGCUCAUCGCGGAGCUGCGGCGCAUCUGCGCGGCGCUGACGUCGGAGCAUUCGCACCUCACGGGCACGUGCCACAUCGAGAUGGCGUUCCUCCUCUUCUUCAACAUGGCCGUGGGCGACGAGGAGCUGCGGAAGUUAUUAGUGUUCGUGUUCGCCCACUGCCUCUUCGGCGCGGUCGGCAUGGCCGUCGCUUUGAAAUUAUUGAAGUGCUUCCGGAAGCAGCUCUCGGCCGUCGCGUUCGACGAGGAUUUGUUGAAGGCGCGCGAGGCCUUGGUUUUGGCUCUGGACGGCGGCGUCGAGGCCACGAUCGCGGCCGCGGUCGCGGCCUUCAACUCCGCGUGGUCCGCCGUCGAGGCGGAGGCGGUCAAGGCCUACCCGCACGAGGCCUGCGUCGCGCUCCAGUACCAGAUGCAGAAGGUGGACCUCGUCGAGCACAUGGAACAGCUCCGCGAGGUGCUGGACGUGCUGAAGACGGCGAAAGAGCCCGUGAUGGUAUUCGUGGCGCCGAAGGGCAUAGUCUCGUGCUUCGGUCAGAAGCCCACGACGUUGAAGGUCCUCCGCUGUCGCUUUGAUCCCGGCGCCAUCACCACGGCUCUCGAGGGCCUCCAUAAACUAAAUAACUCGCAAGCGCUAUUGUCGAACGCCGUCGCGCUCCUCGUGGCGAUGGGGAACUACGGCACGUCGGGUGAGGUCGACGCGGACCUCAUGGACCACCUGCGCGGAUGCGGCAAGGGGUGCCAGCUAGACAUCUACGCGCUUAUUUUCUAUGGCAUACUUAAUAGCGCUCUUAUGUCGUCGAUUCAAGGCGACAUUGCGGUCUUUGUACCUUCGGAGGGGCGCUUUGUCGUCGCGCGGCGGCCGGGCGAAGCCAGGCUGGUGCAUGCGCUGCGUCAGAAAGUCAACUUAGCCUUCGGGACGGCGCGUCGACCUCCACGCCGUCGAGGCCACGCGUUUGCGGGAGAUGGAGUGGUGUUGUGAGGAGUACUUCGCGCAGGCGUACAGCUUCGAGGCGAUGGCGCUGGACGCCGGCUACGAACGCGUGCAUGAUUUCCUGCAGGACGCGCGCAACUCCUACGACGUCACGACGAUGCGCGCGGUCCGCCAGUUUAGGAGAGAGGCGCAGUUGUUUGACGAGCGCUUUGUACCGAUGAAAGAUGCGUUGCGAGCGGAGCACCUCGCGACGAUGGCGCGGCGGGCGGCGCGGACGCUCGCGGGCCAGGAGAACGGCGGGCGCCUUUCGAGGACGACGGUCGUUGUAGCUGGAACGCAGUUUUACGACGCGGCGGGGCAUUUGAGGGGUUCGGCCCCUGGAGCCGCGGGCGUGUUCGGAGCGCGCGUCUCGUUUGUGAGGGGGCGGCGCUGGUCUACGAAGAAUGCGUUCGUCGACUUGCUCUGCGACGAGGGCGCGGACGUCAUCGAUCAUGGGUUAACGACUGGCUCGGCGGAGCUCGCGGCGUUCCUGGCGUCGUCGGAGGGUAUUGACGAGCUCGAAGAUAGACAGUACCUGUGCGUGAUCCCGAACACCUACCCGGCGCCGGAGGGGUGGGAGGGUUUGUUCGACUUGCUCAGGAGGUUUGUGAGUGACGACCGGUGCUACCGCGAGGACGCCAUCAGUAGAUUCCUCGCGUCGGACGAGGCGUCCUUCUUUGAGUGGGAGGGCCGCAAGGGCUGCUCAGUCAUGAAAAAGAGGUUGGAGGAGGUCGAUUGCGGCGACAAAAUCAGCCGCUUGCUCGUAUGGCGUCCCUGUGCGACCGACCCGGACGGCAAUCCGUACCAGAUCGGCGUCGACCCCUCGUUAGUUCGCCGGUCGAGGCGACUAGCACCGGAGCCGGCGCCCGCGGCCGAGCCAACGCCUUCGGAUGAAGAUAUGGAGGAGGAUGACGACGAUCCGUUCGCCGAGCACAACGUGCCGCCCGCGACGAAACCCAAUCGACCGCGGCUCCUCGAGCUCUACAAACGCAAGUUCGGAAGACCGGCGCCGAAGGGAAGCACCGAGAUUACGCUGUUCCCGGGCAACUAUCUGGAAUGGGUACGGUACAAGAUCGCCAACGGCUAGCUCAAGCGUCGCGGCGGUGUCGCUGGGCAACCGCUGCUGGAUCUGAUGAACUCCCCCUCCCAGUACUGUAGUAACAACACUUCGUUAGUGA